AUGCCACUAGUGACAUGGACUGCUGGCCUCCCUGAACAGCUAAUGAUCACAUGCAUCUCCAAAAGCACUUCCCCUGUCACAGAAGCAACCCAUAAGCAGUUCAGUGACAGUCACUCCCAUUCAUCUUGUACAGGCGAUCUCACUCUCCAGCGCAUCAAACAAGUUGCUUGGGGUACUCACCCAUGGAAUAAUCUGAGCUGCUUUCAAAGAGAGGCAAAGACAAUACAGCUUAGCAGUGUCCACCUUCCAUUUUGGAGAAACUGGCCAUUUGCAGACCCCUCCAUCUUCCUUCUGCCUGAAAUCCUUCAUACAUGCCACAAAGAGUUACUUGAGGAUGACCUCAAUGUGCGAUUCAAGUUGAGGCACUUUCAAAUAAUGGGCAGAGAACACCACAACAUCCAGCAUACCAUUGUUCCCAUGAUCACUGGUUGUGUACCUCCACAGUUCCUCCAUGCCAUGUGUGCUAUUAUCAGUUUCAUAUACCAGGCACAGAGUCCCAUACACACAGAUCUUUCUGAGUUCCAUGUGCACAAGGAUGCCAUUAUCGAGGUGAACACCAGAAAGACAAGAUCAGCUGGUACCAAAAAUGACUUCCACAUUCCAAAGUUGGAGCUUUUUCACAGCUUUGCAGUGGCAAUUUGUAAUAAUGACAUCAGCAAAUGCCUUCUUAUCACCCACUGCAAGCAUCCAUUCAAACAUACUAAUAAGAAUAAAGACUUCACAGAACAAGUCAUCUGA